AUGGACUAUCUACAAAUUAACAAAAAGUGAUAGAUUAACAUUAGCACAUGAAGAAUUUGCAAAAAUUGAAUCAUGUUUAAAUGUUCUUAGCUCUGAGCAAGUAGAAUACAUAUGUGAUACUCGUUCAAAGACGACAAUAGUUAUUCCAGGAGCUGAUUUUAUUCAAUUCAUGUAUUAUUUAGAGUCGCUCAUUUUUCAGCUAUUUGAAAAACAUUUAGAGUAUAGGCCAGAUAUUCUAAUUUAUAUCGAUAAUAAUCUUGUAAGCAAUCAACCUUUAAAGAAGCAGUUUAAUGACAUUUUGCAAAUAGCAUAUGAAUUUUAUCGUAAUGCUGAAUAUAAAAAUAAAGAAUUAUUUCCAAAAUUCAUACAUAACAGUAUUCAAUUAUCACAAGAAGCUGAAGACUAUCUAUUGGAAUAUAUUCUAGAAAAAGGUUCAUCUUGUUUACGAGAGAAUGUCAAAGCAAUGAGUGUAGAUUUAAAAAAUAAUGCAAAAAAAGAUGAUCAACCAAAAAUGAAACUUGUUACAUUUAAGAAAGGGAUGCUACCAGAAAAUCUUAAGUUAGCACUUG